GCGGAGGGUUAGACGGUCCCAGGUCAAGGCGCGCGGGGGCGGAAGCGGCGGCGGCGGCGGCGGCGGCGGCUGUCAGACCUGGACGGGGGCCGGGCGGGGUGGCCAUGGAGGGUCAGCGCUGGCUGCCGCUGGAGGCCAAUCCCGAGGUCACCAACCAGUUUCUCAAACAAUUAGGUCUACAUCCUAACUGGCAGUUUGUCGAUGUAUAUGGAAUGGAUCCUGAACUCCUUAGCAUGGUACCAAGACCAGUGUGUGCAGUGUUACUUCUCUUCCCUAUUACAGAAAAGUAUGAAGUAUUCAGAACAGAGGAGGAGGAAAAAAUAAAAUCUCAGGGACAAGAUGUUACAUCAUCAGUAUAUUUCAUGAAGCAAACAAUCAGCAAUGCCUGUGGAACAAUUGGACUGAUCCAUGCUAUUGCCAACAAUAAAGACAAGAUGCACUUCGAAUCUGGAUCAACCUUGAAAAAAUUCCUGGAGGAAUCUGUGUCAAUGAGCCCUGAAGAACGAGCCAGAUACCUAGAGAACUAUGACGCUAUUCGAGUCACUCAUGAGACCAGUGCCCAUGAAGGUCAGACUGAGUCCUCUUCGCCAUCCUCAUCACAGCCUCAUUCUAGCCACUGCAGAACGAAGGCCUCAUCAUUGUGUCACCAUGCAUCCCUGCCCUGGGUCAAACGUAACCAUGUAGGCCCUGCAAAGGCUACCAGUCCAUCUCUCCGUCUUCGUCGCUGGCGACCCUUCUUGCGCCUACCAUCUAUGGGUCUCCAUUCUGUUGCACCAAGUAUAGAUGAAAAAGUAGAUCUUCAUUUUAUUGCAUUAGUUCAUGUAGAUGGGCAUCUCUAUGAAUUAGAUGGACGGAAACCAUUUCCAAUUAACCAUGGGGAAACUAGUGAUGAAACUUUAUUAGAGGAUGCCAUAGAAGUUUGCAAGAAGUUUAUGGAACGUGACCCUGAUGAAUUGAGGUUCAAUGCAAUUGCUCUAUCUGCAGCAUAGCUUGUCAGUAAAUGGAAACACCAAAUACUGUAUUAUUUGCAACAAAAAUUACAUUUCUGCUGCCAUACACUAACUCAAAAAUUUUGAUAUUUUCAUUAACUUGACUGAUUAAACUUUAUGUGAAUUAAACUUUGA